GACUUUUAUAACUCAUUGUCAGAGUGAAAAAAAUUAAUACAUUUUCCACCAGUUAGUGUUUAACUAGUUCCCUAUAUCUGAGGUCUGACAGAGUAGAGAAGCCAGGGUAACCCCUGUUGGGCAGCUCUUUGCUUCAGGUGUCCCUGGACCAGCCAGAAGAGAAGCAGCAGAAUUACAGUGCCAGGGUGAGACACAAUGGUGGAAUCCAACUUCACUGCAAAGGAUGCCUACCUGAGCCACUUCAAUCCUCAAACUUACCUGGAAAAGUAUUAUACCUUUGGACCGAGCCCCUCUGCAGAGAAUCAGAUUCUGAUGCAUGUCCUCAGAAGACUUUUCAUGACCUUCUCAUCUGGCAGGGUGAAAGGAGACCUCCUGAUCGACAUUGGCACUGGCCCCACCAUCUACCAGCUCCUCUCUGCCUGUGAGGCCUUUAACGAGAUUGUGGCCACUGACUACACUGACCAGAACCUCAAGGAGCUCAACAGGUGGCUAAAGAAGGAACUGGAAGCAUUUGACUGGUCUCCUGUGGUAAAAUAUGUAUGUGAACUGGAAGGGGACAGGGAGAAGUGGGCUGAAAAGGAGGAGAGACUGAGACAGAAGAUCAAGCAUGUCCUGAAGUGUGACGUGACCCAAAGCCAGCCUUUGGGCCCUGUUUCUCUGCCCCAGGCUGAUUGUCUGCUCACAGCAUUGUGUCUGGAUGCUGCCUGCAAAGACCUCCCUACCUACCAGCAGGCCCUGAAGAACCUCAGCAGCCUACUGAAACCUGGAGGAUGCCUGGUGCUUAUUGAUGCCCUCAAGAGUAGCUACUACAUGAUUGGUGACCAGAGGUUUUCUAGUCUCUCCCUCACCCAGGAGGCUGUGCAGGAUGCAGUGGUGAAGGCCGGUUACACAAUUCAAGAGUUUGACGUCAUUCCCCAAAGCUACUCCAGGACCAGAGCAAACAAUGAAGGGCUUUUCUACCUUGUGGGGCAGAAGCUCAAUAAUUCUGUAGGUUUACCAAGUUAAUCGUGCUUUCCUUUCUCACUUCACCAAAAGUCAGCUCUUCUGUGGCUCUUGGUAAAGAUCUUUCUAUCUUCUUCCUAUGUGAUCUGAGAUGAGUUAUAGGCAGCCCUUGGGGAGGGAAGACUGAGUACGUUCUUCAGAUGGUA